AUGAGUGAGCAUCAGGUUCGAGUGCGCUCGCUGGAACUUCUGGCACUCUGCUGGAUGCUGUUCAUUCUUCGGCCGGUCAGCUCGCAAUGUCCUCAACAUUUUUUGCUAGUCAAUUCUUUAUGUGUGCAGCCCGCUAGGCAGUGUAACGCACCAUUUCUGCUGCAGAAUGGUGUCUGUGUGGCGCCAAAUACGCCCACCUGUCCAACUGGUCAAGUCUAUAUAAAUGACGCUUGCUACAGCAUCGUCUCAGGCUUAUCUUCGCCAGCUGCACCACCUGCUCAAGCAUUCGUCGUACAGCCCUGCCCUCUGCUUCCAACACCAACUCAACCGACUACACCUGCACCUUAUCAACCGCCUAUUAUUAUUAUGCCCACAAGUCCAUCAACCACUUCACCACCACCCACCUUGCCUCCACCCACCUUGCCUCCACCCACCUUGCCUCCACCCACCUCGCCACCUCCCACUUCACCACCAACACCUCCACCGACAACCCCAGCAGCUCCACCACCUGCUCCCCUCAUUCGCUGUCCUGCGGGCACUGUGCUCAUCAAUGACAAAUGCCGGUUGGUGUAUUGCGGUACUGGCAUUUUCUCGGGCGGUCAGUGUGUUAAUCCCAACUGUCCUCCGGGCACAUACUGGAAGAAUUACAGAUGUGAGCCGAAUCAGCACGUCGAGCUGCCGCCCAUCCAUCUAGAGAAGACCAUCAAAGUUGAGCAGCCGAAGCAGGCCUCUCCGCUGGUGAUCAACAAUGUCAAUAAUUGGGUUGUGAAUACUUCGAUUGCUCUGACACAGCCUGAGCCAGAAUACGUCGAUUAUGAAGACAAUGUGCCUGCACCACAAGCAACUCCGCCUCCUCUGCCGCCUCCCACAUCACCCAAAAGAUCUUGCUGCCACGUGGUAGCACCACGCGUUUGCCGCCAUCCUAGCCAAAGUCCUCGCUGGCAAUGCUACAAUCCUUCGCAGAGGCAAUGUGGCGACUUCUGCCAAGCACCCAAGAUGAUACUGAAGCCGCCGGCCAUUCGCAACUGGCAGAUCGAAGAUGACGAAAUGAUGAUAAUGCCACCUAAUUACCAAGUCGACUCUUGUCGCGCUCGGGGCGAUUGUCCGCAAGCAGCUAAUCGCUAUGAUUGCAGCGGCUGUGCGUCGGGUGUGGCCGAACGCUGCUCCAGCUAUUGCUACAAUUAUCGCUGCAGCACCCACAGCUGUGCUUACUAUGAUCAGCAGCAAUACUGCAUUCAGUAUCCGGGCCAGAUCGGCUGUCGUUCGGAGGAUGGUUGGUCCUACUAACCAAACAGACCGGAAUUGUAGCAUUGAAGCCAUUGCCAUUAAUGUAUAGAAAUUACUGGAAAUAAAAUUUUAAUAAUGCUUGCUCCCAUAA